CAGGCAGGCUAACCAGCUGACUUUAAUUUAUGUACAGAGUAUGGGAUGAAAUUAGAGGAUACAAGGACACUUGUUGCCGCCUCCUGUCAGGACACUGUUCCUGUUAGUGUCUGUUUGGUGUUAUUUAAGCUGAAUACAUGAGAGGAGCUGCCUUGGUGUCUGCUGUGUUCUCAGCCUGACAUGUUUGACUCAGACAGGUGAGACAUGCAACAUGGGCAGGAAUGGACCAAAGUGUGACUCCAGGAAGAGUCAGCUAUCAUGUCAUGCAGCAAACUGCAUCGGCUCCUCCACUCGGAGCUGAGCCGCCGGUGGAGUGUGUGUGAAAGGGGACCCCGCCAGCCUCCAUGGCUCACUCGUCAGACCCGUCCCGCAGGGAGAAGACCCCCGGGACCCAUGGGACCCACGGGUCACACACGGCUACACGCAACCUCUUACGGAAGAAGGAGCAGCGGCGGCGUGGAAUCCGAUCCUCCUCGCCCAUGGGCCGGGUCAUCCUCAUCAACUCUCCUGUGGAUGGCGGAGAUGACAGCGAGGACCUCCACACGAUCACAGUGGAUAAGAGUGUGGACGGCAAGCUCGGCUUCAGCGUGCGAGGAGGCUCAGAGCACGGCCUCAGCAUCUUUGUCAGUAAGGUGGAGGACAACAGCACAGCAGAGGAGGCAGGUCUGCUUGUAGGAGACAAACUGGUGGAGGUGAAUGGCAUCAGCCUGGAGAGCAUCACGAUGAGCAGCGCGGUGAAGGUGCUGACGGGCAACAACAGGUUGAGGAUGGUGGUGAGACGUGUCGGCAAAGUGCCCGGCAUCCGCUACUCCAAGGAGAAGACUACCUGGGUGGACUUGAUACACAGACGUAUGGUGGUGGAGGAGAGCGGACGGACACCUUCGGAUGCCAGCUCAGGAAGCGCCCUCCAAAGGAUCGUCCACCUUUACACCACCUCAGACGACUACUGCCUCGGCUUCAACAUCCGAGGGGGGAAGGAGUUUGGUUUGGGCAUCUACGUCUCCAAACUGGAUCCUGGUGGUCUGGCCGAGCAGAAUGGAAUAAAGAUGGGGGACCAGAUUCUGGCGGCCAAUGGCGUGAGCUUUGAGGACAUCAGCCACAGUAAUGCUGUGGAGGUGCUGAAGAGCCACACGCAUGUCAUGUUGACCAUCAAGGAAGCAGGACGAUACCCUGCCUAUAAGGAGAUGGUGGCAGAAUACAGGUGGCUCAAUAAGCUGGCCAAUGGUACCCAGAAAUCUUCCUCUCAGGGUUCAGAAUCCAACUCCUCUGCCUCCUCUCUGUCAUCCGGGACCCCGGUCAGCUCUCUGAGCGGCCUGUCGCAGGUCAUGUUCCCUCCCAGCCUGCCGUUUGGUUCAGACAUGGUGGACGUCUGCAUCUCUACUGAGGACCAGAGGUCUGAGUCAGAGCGAACUGAGACCGCCAUGCAGACGGACCUUCCCUCUCAGAGGAUGGGUCCUGAAACCACCCGCAGCCUGGGUCGAACCACUCUGCUCAAAGACACAGUGAUCCGUGGAGACGAGGGUGGGGGGAGGCGAGAGUCCACCAAGACGGCUGUGCUGAUGGCUCUCAGCAGGCCGAGCCGACCAAUCAGCAGAUCCCAAAGCCAAGUCACCGUGGCAGAGAUCACGCAGAAGAAGGAGAAGAAGCAGAAAGGGAAGGACCCAGAGGAGAAGAGCACCCUGCAGCGCUCAAAGACCUUCGUCAACUUGCUGUUCAAGGGUGGACGCCGGGGACGCUCCAAGUCUCCGUCCACACACAAGGCUGGCAAAGGAGGACAGCAGGUGAGUGCGAUGCCAAAUUCAGAGAUGCUCGGAGUGGUGGAGGACAUGGCCCGCAGGCUACUGACUGAGGAGGAGGUGGCUGCUGUGAUGAAGACGUGCCGAAGGUAUGUGGCCGAGCGGUCAGUGGAGAACUUGAUACGCCACCUGCUGGCUGUGCUGGACAGGCCGGAGAAGCUGCUGCUGCUGAGAGAAGUCCGGAUGCUGCUUCCUCCUGCUGACCUGAGUGCAUUCAAUAACAUAGUGACACCGAUUGAAGCUGAGGCCUACGAAAUCCUCAAGUAUCGUUCAAUCCGAACUCCUCCUCUCCGCUCUCCCACAUCUGGUCGAGCACCCAAACGGCGCCUCAUCACUCCCAUCCCGGAUUACAGAGGAGGCUUUGAGCUCCACAAUGCCGAGGAGGUGGAGAAGGAGAGCCACCUGCUGGAUGAGCUGGAGAAGCUCAGUCUGUUUGGGCCCCGAGGAUCCAGGGAGAAGCCCCAUACCUCGAGGUCCUUCACCCCACUGCUGGACAUACCAGUGGACGGCUACAACACAGAGUCCAGAGACCUCAGACCCACCUCUGCCAGACCCAUGCUCCCCAACUGGCUGCUGGCCCGCAGCCACGAAUCCCGCCCUCCUUUCCGAACAGACAUCGGCACCAUUCGCUCCGUCCACUUUGACGAGGUUUCACUGCACUCGACUUCAGACACGGCCUCAGAGAGAGGAAGGUCCACGUUUAGAAACGGCCACUCCAAAAGCGAAACGGAGAAAAGUGGAGACAGGAGUGAAGAAACUGUGUUCACGCUGCAGAGUGCUGCUCGCAGGAGUCGGCCACUGUUGUCGCAGGUGUUCAGAUCGAGUCCAGAUCAGGGAGGGAAGGGCGAGCAGGUGAACGGACAUCAGGCUCCUUCUGAGAACGGACUCAACGGCUCAGAGCCUGAAGAGGACCACGAGCUCAAAACUGUCAGCAUCUCCAAGACCAAACAGUCACUGGGCAUCAGUAUAUCGGGUGGGAUGGAGUCGAAGGUUCAGCCAGUGGUGAAGAUCGAGAAGAUCUUUCCUGGAGGAGCUGCCUCCACCUGCGAAGUGCUCAAGGCUGGAUUUGAGUUGGUGUCUGUGGAUGGAGUCUCCUUGCAAGGCGUGACCCAUCAGCACGCUGUCGACAUCAUCCGAAAAGCCUUCAGCAAUAAGGCCAAAGACCCCAUGGUGUUUGUGGUCAAAGUCCCCAAAAACAUUUUGAAAGGAGACUGAGACUCUCAUCAUGACUUUAGGAAUAUUCCCAGUGAUAAGCAGCUGUUGGGACUGAACACAGAAACAGAGACUUGAAACACACUGAUCUGAGGUCAGGUAUGUAAUUUUGCCAUUCGUCUUAAAGUUUGUUAGAGUUGGGAAUAAUUGCGUGGACUCUGGUGACUGUUGAGCAACUAAGCUGAAAAACCGAAAUGGCCUGAAGCAGCAGAUGACGGCGUUCAAGGAUGAAGCAAAUGAGGAAUACUGUCACUGAAUUAUUUAAAGACAAAGUGAACACAGAAGCAGCAGAUUACAUUUACAGUAAGAGAGUCCAGAAAGCCUGAAAUCAUGAAAAUAUGGUGCUCCUGAUGCCUUAAUAUUUCACUUUAUCACAACCCAGGAGCCAAUGCUGGCUCUUUUUACUUUUUUUGUCACAUUGUGUAGAGGCUGCCAAAAUAAAAAGUAAUAAAAAUAAAAAUAAAAAUACUCUUUAAAUAAAUUUGUCUUUAAAUUUACAAAAAAAAAAUUACUUUUUUUUAAAAAAAAAAUCUAACGUAAAUACAAAAUCAAAGCAAAACUAAAUACAUUUAAAUAUAAAAAAUUCAAUGGGGAAAUUAAAUAGGAGAGUAAAGAAAUACAUAGGAGAAUUAAUACAAAGGUAAGUAAAUAUUAAGUCUGCAGUUCUGGAAAAAAAGAGUUGAUUGUUGAGUCUCCCCAACAAUCAACUCUUUCUCCGGACUUAAACACUGCACCUUGAAAACAGAAAUUUAUUCAAUUUAUUUCAUUUUUUUGAUAAUGGUACAUUUAACGGCAUAUAAAUGAAUUUACUGAGUUAUUUAUUUUUUAUUUUGGCAGCUUCCGCCCUCCAUAGAAUGACAGUCCUCUUAAAAAAGUAGUGCAGAACUAUAUGUUUAUGUUUCUGAAUUUCUGACUGACUUCAUCACAACCCAGGAGCCAACACUCAUCAAGAACAUUUCUUUUUACUAUUUAUGUCACAUUGUACAGAGGACAGGAGGUGCCAGAAUAAAAAAAAUAUUUAAAAUAAAUUAAAAAUUACUUGAUUAAUAAAUUUGUCUGUAAAUUUAAAGAAAUAAUAAAUAAAUAAAUAAACAUUU